CCUCCCACAGCCGGGCAAGAAGGCUUCCUUCUAAUUCUUGCUUACCUUGAACCGAUACAAUAGUGUCCCGCUUAUAGAGAUGACUGACUUAUCUCUUUCCUAACAAACCAACUAACCAAAUAUUAUCUAACCCUUAUCUCUUCCCUAACUAAUCUGAUCUAAUCCUUAUCUCUCGCCUACCAAACCAUAACCACGCGAACAGUACCGAUGCCCUCAUUAGAGCCUCCCUGACAUUAACACUGUGGUCCUCUUCUUGUUCUCUCACACUUUUACAUGCACUGGGAAUUUGAGAAUGACUGAGACUCAGAGAGAAUACUUCAUUAACGUUUAUACCGCUUUCUUUAAAAUAGCCCCACUUCUGUCAUCUCUUUCCAUCUUAUCUCCCCUUCUCUCCAAAUCCCUAUGCUCCUCUUCUUUGCCUCUUGUCCAUUCUCCUGUACCCAACUACUUUGAUAUUUCUAUCCACUGCUUGUGACGUGCUCUGCUCUAGGAUGAGGCUACCACCACUGUGUAGGUCCAAGGACCAUGAGUCAUGCAGAUCAUAGCCAUCUGUUCCAAGAGCAUGAUCUGGUAUAUUAUGUGCCCGAUGCGCACAACCCAGCCUGUAACUGCCAGCCUUCUAUUUGCCUGCACCUGCACUUGAGCUCUGGCAAAUUUCUAGCCACCUUACAUGGAUGGCCAGACCUCUGCAACAAUCCUGGGCAUUUAUGGUGGACACAAUUCUUUCUCAUAGAUUUAUUCAUGAAACUUCUAGUUAUAAAAUUGCGGCUCGUCCUGAAAGGCGCAGACAAUUUGAAAUUGACCUUUGUUCGUCUGCUAAUGUUGCUAUUGAUUUAUUAACUGCUUGCAUGGCCAUUGAUCAGCUGAAAGAGCAGGUUUUGGAGGGAUUUUCUUCUUGGCUUCGUUUCUGUCAUGGAAUCUCUGCCUCUGAACUCGCAUCACAUCCUUUGGUCCAUCUGGCACUCUCUUCAUUGAACUCUGGUCAAUUCUUGGAGGCAGCUGUAAAUGUUACAUCUGAACUGAUACAUGCUACUGUAUCUCAUGGCGCUGGUACUAUGGCUGAGCAAGUGCCACUCAUUCAAAUUCUUGUCCCUCAUAUUAUGGGUCUGAAAGAGCAGCUCAAAGAUCCAUCUAAGGAUGAAGAAGAUGUAAAAGCUAUUGCUCGUUUAUAUGCAGACAUGGGUGAAUCCUAUGUUGACUUGAUUGCCACAGGCUCAGACGAUUCAAUUCAAAUAGUGAACGCAUUACUAGAAGUUACUUCUCUUCUCGAAUUUGCCAUUUCCUCCAUGACGUUUAAUUUCUGGCAUUGCCUUAAGCGUAACCUCAUUCGAAGGGACUCUGAUGUAUCAUAUGGAUUAGAUGUGACGGUUGAAAUUGAGAAAAACAGAAGAUUACAAAUAUUUCGUCCAAAGUUUGAAACUCUGGUGUCUCUGGUCAGUUUUCGAGUUGAAUACCCUGAGGACUACCACACCUUUUCCGAGGAAGACCGCAAGGAUUUUAGACAUGUUAGAUAUGCUGUUAGUGAUGUGCUACUUGAUGCAACUGAAGUUCUUGGGGGUGACUCGACGCUAAAACUACUUUCCACCAAGCUUGCUCAGGCAUAUGGGAGCUGCAACAAUGAGCAGAACUCCAAGUGGCAACCUGUAGAGGCUACCCUGUUUUGUAUACAAGCAAUUGCUAGAUCAGUCUCAAUUGAGGAGCGAGAAAUUUUACCACAGAUUAUGUCACUGCUUCCCUGCCUUCCUCAACAUGAGCAGUUGCUACAAACAGUUUGUUUGACCAUUGGAGCAUUUUCAAAAUGGAUUGAUGCUGCACCAGCUGAAUUAUCUAUUCUACCACCUCUAGUUGAUAUUCUCAAUAAGGGUAUGAGUACAUCAGAGGAUACAGCUGCGGCUGCUUCUAUGGCCUUUAAGUACAUAUGUGAAGAUUGUAGGACGAAGUUCUCAGGGUCCCUGGAUGGCCUCUUCCAGAUAUACCAUAUUGCAAUCAGUGGAGUUGGUGGUUAUAAAGUUUCUUCAGAGGACUCGUUGCAUUUGGUUGAAGCCCUAAGUGUGAUUAUCACAACGCUUCCACCAGAAUCUGCUAGUAGAGCCCUGGAGUUAAUCUGCCAGCCAGUAAUCAAUCCCUUGCAAGAAUUUAUCCAGCAGGGUGAUCAAGUUCUUCAACGAGUCCCUGCUCGGCAUUUAACUGUACAUAUAGACCGACUAUCAAGCAUUUUCAGUAAUGUGAAACAACCAGAAGUUGUUGCUGAAGCUGUAUAUAGAUAUUGGCCGACACUCAAGAGUAUCUUUGAUCAACGAGCAUGGGAUACCCGUACCAUGGAGUCAAUAUGCCGAUCUUGCAAAUUUGCUGUAAGGACAUGUGGAAGGUUCAUGGGAAUGACGAUUGGUGCAAUGCUUGAAGAAAUCCAAACUCUCUACCAACAACACAAACAGUCUUGCUUCCUUUACUUGUCCAGUGAAGUUAUCAAGAUUUUUGGAUCUGAUCCAUCUUGUGCGGGCUAUCUUACUAGCUUGAUACAAAUACUUUUCAGCCAUACAGUGCAGCUUCUCAGAACGAUUCAAGAUUUUACAGCCAGACCAGAUAUAGCUGAUGAUUGCUAUUUGUUAGCAUCAAGAUGUAUUCGUUACUGUCCUGAUCUGUUUAUACCUACAGAAACGUUUCAAAGAUUGGUUGACUGCGCAAUGGCUGGUAUAACUAUACAUCACAGGGAAGCCUGUAAAUCGAUCUUGUCUUUUCUAUCUGAUGUCAUUGAUCUUCCAAACUCAUCUGGCGGGGGACAGUACCGUGAAGUUAUUAACACAAUCAUACUUCAGCGUGGUACAACCCUUACUAGAAUAAUGAUUGCUGCCUUAACAGGGGCGCUACCAUCUGGUCGUCUGGAGGAGGUUUCAUAUGUUCUGCUGUCACUUAGCAGAGCCUUUGGUGAGGAUAUGCUGAACUGGGCAAGGGAAAGCAUUAAUCUUAUACCACCACAAGCCUUAACGGAUGCUGAACGUUUGCGAUUCUUCAACAUCAUAUCUGAUGCUACUUCCGGGUCUAGUCUUCAUAACAUAACAGAUAGAUUCGGAGAAAUCUCAGAUAUCUGUAGACGAAACAAAACAGUGCAAGACCUAGUUCAAAGUGCCUUGCGGCCUCAGGAUUUGACCGUCACGGUGGUUCGACAACAGAUGUGAUAACUGGAUGUCUCUGCAAGGCAAGUUUAGAAAGCCAGUGAGUCAGUGUUGAUUGAAGACUCACGUCAUCUUGGGAAUUUUUUCUUAGUUCAUACAGGUUUGAGUUGCGGCGGCAUACAGUUCAGAUUUGUUCAGAGCAUAGAUAGGCCAGUUAGCAUUGUAAUUCUUUCGUGUUUCCCCUUUGUACAUGUGCCACAAAUUGUGUAUUUGGGGAGGGAGAUAAGUUGUGUUGUAUUAUCUCAAAAAACAGUGUUAUACUUGGUAUAACUGGCAGAUCAUGAGGUAUGGUGAUCUACCGUGGGCCUGAUUUUGCGUUGGCCGUUCAGCUUCUUUUUGUAAAGUAGGGUGGCCAUCGAUUUUAUUAUGUAAGCUUAUACCGGUUGUUAAAGAAAAUUCUAGUCUGUGUUCCCUUAUGGUCACCAAAUGUAAUGGCCCUAAAGGUAAUUCAAGUUUGAUGAUUAGAACUUGUGCAAUUUUAAGCU